AUAGUAAAUAAACCAACUGGAUGCAAAGUGAGUCAGCUUACAUUAGCCGACAAUUUGGGUUCAUUUUGUGGACUACAUCUAUUCUUGAAUCUGCUGGACUGCGUUUUUGAAUACACUUUUGGACAGCGCUGUCUGUUUUGUUACAGCUUCCAGUGAGAUUUCUUGUUGCAGCUGUGAAUGUUAGAAACAUUACUGGCUUGCAAUCAAACUAGAGAGGUGCUAGCCUGCAGGAGGACAUGUCCCUAGCUAGCUAGGAUAACGUCAUCUGACUUAUAUUUCCAAGACUGGGGCAGAAUUAUCAAGUAAGUUAAAUUGCUAUUGUGCGGUGUAUUUGGUAGGCUAAUAACGCGUUUAGGCAUCAGAAAAUACAGUACCAAAAGUGUGCUCCUCGCACUAAAAUAUAUAUAGCCUUUGGGUAGCUUAGUAAAGUUAGCCAUUAUUUGCUAACCUUAGCUUACUAGCUUAGUGUGUAUUCCUCUCAAAUUUCAAUAUAAUUUUAGUGUUUUUCUGGCUUGUAUGUGUACUUAUUUAGUUCAGGCAUCAGUAGGGUAUAAUAUAUACAGACCAAACGUAUUUGCAUUUGAAGUGGCUUGACGUGCAACAUCUAACCAGCUAACCCAAAUGAAUUAACUAACAGUAGCUGUUAGCCAUCACAGUUGUCACCCAUACAACGACAGCGUUAGCAGGCUAGCAAUAUUGCAAGGCACAAAGGGUAUCCCAUGCACAACCCUCUGUCUGUUGAGAAGACUCCACUUGUGUAAAAGAAAAAAAUAGUAGAAGGCUGGUCUUGUUGUUUACGCAUCUCUGUGGCAAAUGCCACCAGCUUCAUUCCGAGGAAGAUAACGGAGUAUUUAAGUUAUUCAGCUAGCACACACCGGCUAGCAAAUCAUCCCAAAGGGAGAGCUCGAGGGACCACGGAUCUGCAUGUAUAGUUUGCAACUACAGCGGCAUCGCAUCUAGCCUGGAAGCAGAACUCCAUCGACAUGUCAGAGUUCAGUAAAGAAGUGGUGGAUUUGGUCUGGGGUAGACCGAGCAGCGGCGGCCUGUCACCAUCCCUGUUUAGGAGGUGGACUCAAGGUUUCGUUUUCAGCGAAUCAGAACGCACUGCUCUUGAACAGUUUGAAGGUGGACCGUGCGCAAUUAUUGUACCUGUGCAGGCUUUCCUUCUUAAAAAUCUGCUGUUUGCCACGGAGAACUCAAAUUGGAGGGAGAUAUCUGAUGAGGAGCUGAAGUCAGUGCUGUGCACCACGCUGAGCGAGCUCCUGGAGUCGGCGUGCCAGAACCAGAGUCACACCUUCAGCCUGGCCGUGUGGUCGCGCGGGGGCAAGAGCGCCCCGGACGAGGAGCAGGGGGAGAUGCCUGUGGACAUCCCAGACGGCCCACAGCAGCAGCCGGACACUACGCAGCAGCAACAGCAGCAGAACUCUGAACCUUCACACAGGCAGCAACCAGAACCGGCACCCAGCCAGUCCUCUGACCAGCAGCCACCCACUGCGCUGGCGUCUGAAGACCUUGGCUUCGAGCGAUUUCACUCCUUGAUUCAUAAGCGGACAAUAAAGUCUGUGUGUGAGCUUCGGGAGGCGGUGCUGUCCCUCUACGACAGCUGGAGGAACAAGUUUGGAGUGCUGCUCUUCCUCUACUCCGUCAUCCUCACCAAGGGGAUAGAGAACAUCCGUAAUGAGAUUGAAGACACUACUGAACCGCUGAUAGACCCAGUGUAUGGUCACGGCAGCCAGAGUUUGAUCAACCUCCUGGUGUCGGGACGGGCGGUGUCUAACGUGUGGGACGGUGACCGAGAAUGUUCUGGCAUGAAACUUAAAGGGAUAAAUGAUCAGGCCACAGUUGGUUUUCUCACACUAAUGGAGUCUCUGCGGUACUGCAAGGUGGGCUCCUGUCUCAAGUCUCCCAAGCUCCCCGUCUGGAUCCUGGGCAGUGAAACACAUUUGUCAGUGUUCUUCACCAAGGAACUGGCCUUGGUGGCUCCGGAGUCUCCAACAGAGCAGGCCAGGAGAGUCUUUCAGACGUACGACCCAGAAGAUAAUGGCUUCAUUCCUGAUACGCUUCUUGAAGACGUGAUGAAGGCCUUGGACCUGGUUUCUGAACCAGAAUACGUGAAUCUGAUGAAGAGCAAGCUGGACCCCGAGGGUUUGGGGAUCGUGCUCCUGGGCUCUUUCCUCAUGGAGUUCUUUCCAGAGCAGGAUUCUGGAAUUCCGGACUCAUUUCCUGUGUAUCACUACAAUGGCCUGAAGCAAUCUAACCACAACGAGAAGGUGUCUUACGUGGAGGGCACGGCCCUGGUGCUAGGUUUCGAGGACCCCAUGGUACGGACGGACGACACCCCAGUCAAGCGCUGCCUGCAGACCAAAUGGCCCUACAUCGAGCUACUGUGGACCACGGAACGUUCGCCCUCGCUCAACUAGCACCCCCAUCGCACACACAACACAACACAACACACACCCUCCAGCACCCCAAGACCCGCACAACAACCCAUGCAUACACCCCCAGCCCAACCCCGCACCCUGCACACAUUACCACACACACACCCUGCAACAGCUUCUUCCCUCCCGCUCUCACACCUCACUACAUGAAUGCUGGAUCUUCUUCCAUACACUACCCAGCUACCCCCAUCCACACCCAUGUAUAUACUUGGCAGCAAAAAAUGGAAGUCACCAUCGUCAUUACCAGAACAGUACACGAGCGAGGACCCCUCACUUCCCAAAACUUCACUCCCCAUACUCGCACCACUCAGCACUUAGGUAGGCCACUACAGUGCCUGAACAGAAACAAACAAAAAAAUAACGUCAACGUAUGGACUCCUUUAUACACCCAUACAAAACACAAGUAUAUAGUCAUGACUGUCUUACUGUAUGUGUUUGGAAUGGCUUGUACAUUUUUUUUUUCUUUUGUGUUUGAAAGAUGGUUCAUGUGUUGCGUUUCAAGGAUUUGUACAAAACAAAAGAGAAAUCCUUGGAAAUACUGUUCCAAUUGUUGACUUUUUUAUUACCUUUUGCAUCUGUUAUUUUUCUUUUGUUUUGUUUUUGCAUUAUUCCCUUCACCUGCUCUCUGACGUUUGUGUGUUAAUAACUAAGUAAAGUGGACUUCCACGGACUGGCAGAGAGCUCAGGGCACUGACCGACCGACCUUCAGAAGGUUAAAGGCCACUGUCUGUGACCUUCAGAGGGCUCAAGGGCACUGCUUGUGACCUUCAGAGGGCUCAAGGGCACUGCUUGUGACCUUCAGAGGUGUCUAUGGCACUGUCUGUGAAUGAGAGUUCUUUCAGGUUUAUUUUGGUUGUAAGUUUCAUGAAUAUUUAAAUGACUGGAGGACCAAAGCCUCAAACUGAAGAUGAGAUUUAAUUUUUUCUCAACAGAGAAAACUGAGCAAACCCAAAUUCUCUCUGUCUCUCUCUCUCACACACACACACACACACACACACACACACACACACACACACACACACACACACACACACACACACACACACACACACACACACCUACACCUACAUACACUUCUCUCCCACACAGACAUCAUACAUUCAGUACAUGGGCUCAAAGGUGUAAAAAUGAGUGAUACAAAUACGGCGCACUGCAUACGGGAGCAGGCAGGCACAGAUUGUUACACUACACGAGUUGAGAGGAGUGAGGAUGGAUCCUACUGCACUAUAAUGCCAUCUGUAAGGUGUCGUACGGAUACUGGGCCUCAUAUGGGCUCCAGACAUGAUCACCGGAUCCCUCCUUCAGUGGAUCCCAUGUAACCUGGUUCUCACGCAGAUGGAUGUUUCCCAUCCGUGUCAGCUCACGAAGUUGAGCGAAAAUGCACAAAGGGUCUGCGUGAGAACCAGGCUAGAUCCCAGGGCCCUACUGUAGGAGAAGCCUGUGAUGGCCAGUCCACAGCGGGUCAAGGGGGGGGUAUUUCAAGAACCUGGCUCAGUAGUAAACCAGGUUAGACUAACUCUUGAAGUAUUGGCAAUUCAUGCAAUGGAAGAGCCUGCUGGCCUAAUUUUUCUGAAGUGAAUGACACCUGUGAGUUGUUUGUUAGCAGGCUUGCCACUUCCUGUAGUUCAUCACUUAACCAGUUUCUUGGAAUGCCCCCCAGCAUUGCUCAUGAGGGUUCAUUUGUUUUCUGGGUUGCUGUGGCCAAGAAUGUAAUGACUGUGUAAAAGCAGUCUGGUGUGAUAUGAUGAUGAUGAUGAUGAUUGAUGAUUUGCACGGGGAUGGGAAACGCACCCUACUACAAUCGUUAUUUAUUCUGACCCGAAAUGGCUUGCCCAAAAAUAAAGCACCCCUUUUCUUCUUC